ACAUAAUCUCUUUUUGAACAGGGAAUUCAAAUUGCCGGCUCCAAACCAUAGCGACGCCGGACCAAAACAUCACCCUAACACCAAACUUCUGAUCGAGAAACAGCACGGCAGUGUCGGGUCUGGUUGCCAAAUGUCGAUGGGCAGUGACACGACUUGGGUCGGAAAGAAACCUUUGAGACGUAUCGGAGGAAUGUCCGAUGCUCUCUCCAUUGCCGCCGAUCUCGGUUUUUCCGUUCCUCCUCCUCCUUCCCAGGAAGAACUCCAAAAUUUAUCUACUGGGGAAAAGGGUGAUGACUUAAUCAAGGUCUUACGAGAACUAACCACUGUUCAGAGAAAAAUAGCAGAUUUGCAAGUGGAACUUCAAGGUCGAAAGGAUGAUAAAAAUGUGGCUCACUUGACACAUGUGAGUGAAAUGGAAAAGAAGUGUGAGACAUUGGCUAGGAUCACUACUAUUUUGAAAGAUGUCAUUCAGAAUAAGGACCGCAUUAUAGCUCGACUCCAACAACCGUAUUCAUUGGAUUGCAUUCCUGUGGAAGCAGAGUAUCAGAAACAAUUUUCUGAACUGCUGAUGAAGGCUGCUAGUGAUUAUGGUGCCUUGACAGCAUCUGUUGCUGAUUUCCAAUGGAGCCAGAACUUCAAGGAAUCUCCUUCAGUUUGGGGGGAGAUGCUUCGUCCAAUUCCUGUAGCUUUAGCAUCAUGCACCCGGUUCUUUGAAGCCAUGUCUGCCAUGAGAGAAUCAUUUGCUACACUUCAAAAUCUGAGGGUAGGUCAUUCUGCGUCCUCCCCACCGACAACACCAGCCAAGAACCCCUCUCAAAGAGUACCAGGGGAAUCAGAUUGUAUGACACCACCUCCUUGGAGGAGUGAACCAAGCUUCGAUGACUUGGCUAUCAAAAGUAUUAGAAAGCAAGAAAUUGAGCAACAAGAAGCAGAGGACGAAAAUAGUGAAGUGGGUGACUCAAACCCGAUUGAUGGAACAAGCCAUAGGAGACUGUCUUGGCCUCCCUCAGUUAAGAAGAGCAUUAUCUAGUUUGUGUUGUAUAUUACUUAGUUUUCUUUGAUUGCACUGUGAUAUUUUUUUGGCUGCAGUCUGUAUGAGCUUCCACUGGCAGGAGUUUACCCCACAAAAAUGGGUGGAAUGUAUUAAUUUGCUGUAAUGUUUCAUUGGAUUGAAAGAGAAGGCUUUGUUUGAACCAUUAGACGCUUUAGUAGCUGAGUUCUCUUUACAUUUGUCUUUUUUGGAAUGGCAGCAUCAUUUGAAGGUUU